AUGGAAAUGAAUGUAAACAAGAACACCACAGACCGGCAGGAAGGGCAAAGUAGCCAGAAUGUUGAGCAGACGAUCUUUAGGCGAAGUACCCUUAUGGGACGCUCACCAACAAAGGGGAGCGUACAGCAGAGAACGUCGCCGACAAGCCCAUCGUCGUCGGACGACGAGGGAAGAGAAGCAGACCGAACAGUAAUUAACGUGGAAGAAGAAGAACCCGAAGAAAUAAAUCCAGCCAACAAUAAAACAAUUAAGGGUAAAAAAGAAAAAAAGGUAGAGGACUUUUGGGAAGGUCUAGAAAUAAAAACCCUAGAGAAGGAAACUCCGGGGAGAAUGAGAACCUGGUCUUUCAGUAGUAACCGAAGUAGUAUAAGAGAAACAUCACUUUGUAGAGAAGGAGAAACCAGUAAGAGAAAAAGAAUAGAAGGAACUAAUGAAGACAAAGAUGAGUUAGAGGAGGUUGAUAACAGCGAAGAAGCAAAAGUGCUUGAUAAAUCAAUACAGAAAAUAUUAACUCUGAUUCAGGUGUUGAAAGAAAAUAAUGAACAAAAUACAAAAAGAGAAAUUAAGAAAGCCAUAACAGAUCUAGAAAGAGAAGCAAAUGUCCUACAGAGAGAAGAAGUCAAAAAAUGGAUCAACAAAAAAGGGACGGGCGUGAAGAGCGGUAGAGUAGAAAAAAUAGAUAUGAGUACGCAAACUGAGACUGAAGAACAGAAACAAGACCGAGAAAGAAGGGAAAAGAUAAGAAAAGCAGAGAACUAUGAUGAUUGGAGAAUGAUAGCAAACGACAGAUGGAAGGAGGAAGAUUACAGAAGAACAUGCAUAGUAGAGGGCAAUCCCGUUUGGCAACAGAACACCCUCACAAAGGUAGUGCUAGUCGAAAAAGACGACCCUGAAAUGACGAAAAGCAUACAGCAACAAUAUAGAAAAGCAUUUCCAGCCUUAUCGGAGAUGCAUGAAAAAAUGGAAGAGAUGGAAAUAGUCACUAGAAGCAGAAUGAGAAAUAGAGAAAUAACUAAAAGAGAGAGAAUAUUUAAAAUAAACUGUGAUGAAACAGAAAAAGAAAUAUGGAGAAGUUUAGAAGGAUUAAAAAGCGAAGUAAAAACGGAACAAAGAGUAGCAUUGCAUCACUUGAGAUGCAUGCCCCUGAAUAAGUUAAGAAAGAUGAUAGAGAUCAUUUUUAAGGACACACCAGUGGAAAUUGACAUCUACACAACGGCAGCGAAGAUAGAGGAAGAAAGGAAAAGCGAGAAAGAAGUGAAUAGAAAGAAAACAUAUGCGCUAAUUGNGCGCGGCGCGGACUUUGGGGGUGAAUUUGACCCCGUUGGGCACCUCCAAAAUUGA